AUGUCAGAAUUAUUGUCAAAAUUGGAAAAACUGCCGGAUAUUUCAAGACCAAGAUGGAAUCAAAAUGAAUUUCAAGGAAGAAUGUAUCAUUUUUUCACAACUGCCAAUUGGUUGAAUUUGUUUGUUUCGAAUUCGGAAUUAGAGAAAGCCAGACAAACUGUGAUUGAUUAUAAGUGAGUACGGAAUCGGAAGUUUGGGAUCGGGGAAAAUGUUAGAAAGGAAACUACGGCAUUCUUUUAACGCCGGUGCGUCAAAAAAAAUCGAGCCAGCCUUCUUUCAACUUUUUCAAACCAAUGUAAAUAUACGUAUUUUAGACAAGGAAAAUUUGAUCCAAAAUUGACAGUCGAUGAAUUGUGGAAAGCGAAAUCUCUCUACGAUUCAGCUUUUCAUCCAGAUACUGGCGAAAAAAUGUUCAUUCUCGGCCGAAUGUCAGCUCAAGUUCCAUGCAAUAUGUUAAUUACCGGUGGAAUGCUAACAUUUUAUCAGAAAUUUCAUCAUGUUGUAUUUUUCCACUGGAUAAAUCAAUCAUUCAAUGCAAUUGUUAAUUAUACAAAUCGAUCAGGAACUCAUAAAUCAGAUGAUCAAACACUUAUAUUAUCAUAUUGUGCAGCUACAACUGGUGCUUUGAGUUGUGCACUUUCAUUUAAUUAUCUUCUCAAAAAAUGGAAAAAUGCUCCUCCAAUUUUAGCAAGAUUUGUACCUUUUGCAGCAAUCGCUUUUGCAAAUGCUAUUAAUAUUCCAAUGAUGAGAAAUAAGUUAGUUUUUAUUAAUGAAUUAUUUAUUUUUUUUAAUGUUUCAGAGAAUUCACAAAAGGUAUUCCUGUUGAAGAUAAAAAUGGUCACACUUUGGGAUUCUCCACGGAAGCACCGAAAUAUGCAAUUCCCCAAGUUGUCCUAAGUCGAGUUGGAAUGGGAACCCCAAAUAUGAUUCUUGGCCCAAUUUUAUUCGAAUAUUUAACCCGUGCAAAGUGGUAUACACCAAGAAUGGCUGCACCACUUCAAAUUCUAAUUUGUGGAUUUAUGCUUUCAUUUUCGACUCCAAUUUGUUGUGCAUUAUUCCCACAAAAAAGCAGUAUUAAUGUGGAUAAAUUGGAAUUAUCACUUCAAGAACAAAUUAAUAAACUUCCAAAUCCACCAAAAAAAGUGUAUUAUAACAAAGGAUUAUAA